GUAUGUACGUAUGUACGUAACGUGCAGAGUUUUAGUUUGCGAGCAAGAUUUUUAGACUGUGCAGUUAAGUGUUAAAAAUACGAGAUAAACCCCGAAAUAUUUAGUAUACACUAAUCAUAAUAGCUAGUUAACUAGCUAUGUUUCGCCAGCUUUUUCGGACGCAGCUCGCCGCGACGGGAACGACUCACCUUAGCCGUUUGCAACGCGUUUGUCUAGCCGAGAGACCACUGUGCACCAAAAGGGACGAGGUGAAGCUGGCAGAGGAGGCCAGCAAGAGGUACGGCUCUGCAGCUCCAACCAUCUUCUCCAAAGUGAUUGACAAAAGCAUCCCUGCAGAUAUCAUUUAUGAAGACGAGAAGUGUUUGGCAUUCAGGGAUAUCAGCCCGCAGGCCCCUGUUCAUUUCCUCGUCAUUCCAAGGAUCCCCAUUCCCAGAAUAAGUGAGGCCAAAGAUGAUGAUGCUGAGCUCUUAGGACAUUUGUUGGUUGUCGCCAAAAAUGUGGCAAAGCAGGAAUCUUUAACUAAAGGAUACAGAGUGGUGAUCAACGAUGGAAAGGACGGUGCUCAGUCAGUUUAUCACCUUCACAUCCACGUCCUGGGAGGAAGACAGAUGACAUGGCCACCAGGAUAAUAGUGUCUUGUGUGAGCUGAUGUGUCAGUCAGCUAAGUUACUUUCAUUUCUUUUAUCAUGAGCGUGGCAUGACAUACAAUGGGUGUAGUUAAUCCAAGAUUCACAUUCUCAUCCCAUUUCCUGCUCAAAAAACUCACUUGCCUGCACAAAAUAUGAAAUGUAAAUAUGUUGAUCUUAACAAAUGUGAAAAUUAAUUGUAAAAAUGAGAAGUAAAGACAUUAUGUUUGAUACAGCUUCAAAUAAAGACAGAAUAUCUGCAAUG